AUGGAACAACCGUCUGUCACCUUGAGUGCUACUCAAUCUGUCGAUUAUCUUGGUCAAACUCACGAUUGGUCUGCCACUGAUGUCAUCUAUACUUACAAGGAGAUUACUCGUCAACUUGCUGCCUGCCGAGAAAAGAUUCGUGAGGAAAACGAACAAAAGUUGACAGCACCUAAGGCUCCGUCCUCCAAACAGCAACCAAAAAAUGUUAAAGAGCAAGCGACCCGUAGGCAACUGGCCCACCAACAAUCGUCCUCACCUCAGUCUCAACAACAGCGUACGCCCGGCAACAAAGUCAUUGGAAACAUUAGCAGGCAACUUCAACAACAAAAGCACGAAUCUGCCCUGCGCGCCGAAGAAAAACGUCUAAUCCGUAUGCAAAAUUCUCUGUGGAGACGUAUGGGUCCCACCGUCGGUUGCGUUGGGAAAGGCAACAAACUUGUUUCUCCAAGGACUUUAAAAUGGUAA